ACUCACCCGAUAACAGCCGACCGAAGGCCCAUUCUUCGCCGCGCGUAGGAUGGACGACAAUCUCCCCUCCAUUGAUGAGUGGGAUGAAAACGACAUGUGGGAGACGUCAACCACUAUUGAGGAAUCCGAGUUCCUCCUCGGACGACCUGUACGGAAGGUGGCGGCGAACGAGAAGGGGAAGGGGACUUACCACCGCACAAGCUCUGGGAACACUCAGGGCUCUGUGACCAUCGGGGCCCUGCCCGAGGGACACGACUUCAACGCGGCUGAGCGUGUCCGCGCCUGGAAAAGGGUUCAGCUUAUGCUCAGUCGGCACCAGGGCAAGCAGACGCGGUCGACGCCUGUCCACCGUGGAUUCUAAGGGGCAGCUGGUCCACUGGUGAUGUCUGUCGCGGUAAAAACAAUUCCAGAAGUCAGGGGGCUGCGGGCGAGGACGCAUCGUGUAACGCAAGGCCUAUCGGCGAAAUGCACAUGUUGGCAGGAAAGGAAGCGUCAGUACACUGUUCCAUAGUUUCAUGAAAAUGUACUCCUAGAAUAUCUCACCGUGUAUCUGCUUGAU